CCCCGCCCCCCACUCCGUACACAGGCUUUCCCCAGCACACGCUGCGGCUCCGAGCCGCCUUAUAUAAAAACGAAUGUGGGCGAGGAAGAGAUUUCGGUCCGCUUUGGGGGCUCCCUGCCUUAGCCUAUGGGGAGGAAGCUACUGGACAGCCUUUCCACUGGGUGUUUGGUGGCUUGAUUUCCUUGCCAACAGCGCUUGGGGUGCGGGUCCUGUGGCUGAGAAAAGGGUGGAAGAGGCGAGAAUGAGGUUAAGGAUAGAUCUCAAAUAAAAUAUCAAAAUAAGGGGAUGAAGGAUACUAAGAAGAAUGCGAAUGAGGGCACGAAAAGAGGACGGAAAAGGCAGUCUGGGGCAGAGAGAGAAGUCAGUAAAAGGAAGAUGUGCGUCUUGAAACAUCAGGCGCUACGGCUGCCACCUAAAAAAAAAAAGCGAGGCCAACGGGGAUUAUGGGAUUUGUAGUUUUAUAGGGUAUUCGGUUGGAAGAUGGCGGCAAUGACUGCUGCGCAAAAGCAGAAACAGCCUCCAACUGCGCAUGCGCAUUAGCCCUGCGAGCACGCCGCCGGAGGAGGUGGAGCUUGCGAGUGGCCUCGCGCCUAGCCUUGUUGGCGGGAAAACUGGUUGGAGGUUCGCGCGGCUGGUGGAGUCGCUGCAGUAACUCUGUCUGCUCCUCACCCUUAGAGCCUCUACGCACCAGAAGGUAGUUGGUGUUUUUCCGCUUGCACCUGAAGGUUCUAGGCUUGGCCAGUCUUGGCACCUGUCGCCUGAGGAAAAGUUUUCUCCUCAGGGUGAUGGCUAGCUCUUAUCCCUCGCCUCAGAAUCUCUAGCCGCAGACUUGCUCCAAAGAGAAAACCAAAACUAGCAGAGGCAUAAAGAAAGUGUAGCUUCUGAGCUGAAUGAUGCCAACCUUGGAGAGUAAAGAAAAAUGUGGGAAAGGACCAAAAAAUACCUUUGCCCCGCCUGCACAAAAAUUGCAUAGCCUGAUGCCCUAUAACCUUAACUCAUCGAAGGAGGAGAUCCCGGAGAUCAGUUCCCCACAGGCAGAGGUCAGGCCAAGCCUGCUAAAGGCUGGGUUAGAGAAGAAGAAGGAGAAAACAACCACAGAGAAUGGCCCAGGCAGUGGCCAGGAGGUACAAGGAAAGGCUCAAGACAGCAAGAACACAAAGAAAGAAAAGGAAAAAUCAACUCUUACCGACGCAGAAUUUGAGGAGAUUGUCCAGAUUGUGCUACGGAAGUCCUUCCAGGAGUGCUUGGAGACUUCCUGUACCCAGCCUACAAGAUGUACCCAAUUAGACAAGGAACCAGGAAUUGCUUCUUCUAAUACUUCUGAUAAUAAUAAUGCUGAUGGAGACAGAGUAGUGGUACCUCCUAUUCUAGAGAUUUCAGCCUCUCAGGAAGAUGGAAUAAUCCCUGAGAUAAAGAUAUCUAAGCCAGGCCAGCCAGAUUCUGCAUCCUCUGAGAAGAAAUUCAAUAAACUCUCCUUAAGCAAAAGAAAGAAGGAACCUCAAGAUGAGAAAAUGGAGAAAGACCAAAGUGAACAUGAGUACAGACAGGAUGACCAACAUAAGAAAACUAUCCAGGAUCAUUCCCAGGACGGGGACCAACAAAAAGGAGAAGGAAAUGGUUUUGGUCAAUGUCUAGUCUGGGUCCAGUGUUCCUCCCCACACUGUGAGAAAUGGAGGCGGCUGCGUGGGAACAUUGACCCCUCAGUCCUCCCAGAUAAUUGGUCCUGCGACCAGAACACAGACUUGCAGUAUAAUCGCUGUGAUAUCCCUGAGGAGACCUGGACUGGUCAUGAAAGUGAUGUGGCCUAUGCCUCCUACAUCCCAGGAUCCAUCAUCUGGGCCAAGCAAUACGGCUACCCCUGGUGGCCAGGCAUGGUAGAACCUGAUCCUGACCUGGGGGAAUAUUUUCUUUUUGCUUCUCAUCUUGAUUCCCUGCCGUCCAAGUACCAUGUGACAUUUUUUGGAGAAACAGUCUCUCGUGCUUGGAUCCCAGUCAACAUGCUAAAGAACUUCCAGGAGCUGACCCUGGAGCUAAGUGGAGUGAGAAAGUGCAAGAAUAAGGACUGCAGCCAGAAACUGGGGGUAGCCCUGAUGAUGGCUCAAAAGGCAGAGCAGAUCAGUAUUCAGGAGCGGGUUAACUUGUUUGGUUUCUGGAGCCGAUACAGUGGACCUGACAAUAAUGGGGAAGAAAAAGACUUAUCGCUCUCUGGGACUAGCAGCUUAGAUUCCUGCUUGGAGAAAGAAGAGAAAGAGCCAGAGUUGGAGGAGGAUGAAGAGGAGGAACAAGAUAAAGCAGAUCCAACUUUGCUUAAUCCCAAGCCAGCCAAAAUUCAAACAAAAAAACCCAAGGCAAGAGGAUUGGGGGUUGGGAGUGAUGCCGGAGCAGAUGAACGAGAUGGGACCCUGAAAAGGAGAACAACAAAGAGAACUCUGUUAAAUGAACCUGCACCUCCACCUGUGCCCAUAAUGGGAAGGAAAAAAGGGCAUGGAAAUUCAGGACCUGAGCAGCCGGACCCUAAGAAAAAAUUCAAAGCUCCCCAAAGCAAGGCCCCAGGAAGCAGCCUGUCUGAAGAAAAAGAAGCUAGACUAGUGCCAGAAGUCCUGACCCCACCAGCUCCUUGUGGGGCCUGUCGUGUUGCUGGGGAAGAAGGGCCUGAACCCCAGGAUGCUGGAAGUGUCCCUUCUGACGAUGGAGCCUCCAGUGACCUGGAUCUGGACCAGCUCAUGGAAGAUGUUGGAGAAGAGCUGGAGCAGAGGGAGGAGCCGCAGCACAGAGUGGACACGGGGGAGCUCGCUGUGGCCUUCUGUGAGGAAUAGCUGUGGACUUGUGCCUCCUGCCUGCUCUCUCACGCCUUCCCGGGUGAAGAGCCUCUCGGAGGAUCCUUAAGAAGCUGAUAAGUGUUGGGGUUGUUCAUUGGCUGUGAGGUGACCUGGCUAAAGUCAGAGUUGUGCAGUUCAUGUUAAUAAACCAGGCUGCUGGUUUC